CUUGGGAGAACGACUCCGCGUACGUCUAAAUCAAGACAACAUCAGCCAAAAACAAAAAUAACAACAGUACGGACCUCCGCAGUGUAAACACGGAACGAUGAAUAUACGAACCGAUAAAUAAGAACAACCUUACCAGCCCCUCCCAAAAACGACCACCGAACAUCCCGCCCACCCCCACGCACAAGCAACACAAAUGCCAGCCAUCGCCAUCAUCUCAGCAGGAGCGAUGGGCUCCGCAAUAGCCAAACGCCUCGUCCAGUCCGGAUGCACAGUCUACACCAACCUCGACAACCGCUCCCCCGCAGCCCACCAACGCGCCCUCGACGCAGGGAUGAUAAAUCUCCCCUUCGAAACCCUCCUCUCCAAAUCAAACUUCAUACUAAGCAUCGUCCCUCCAGGGGAAGCUUUCGCAUUCGCGCAAAAGAUCCAAAGAGGACUCGCUGCGUCUCAGACUCUUCCGCGCGCUUUCGUCGAUUGUAACGCUGUGAACCCCGAAACGGUGAAACGCAUCGGGGGGCUGUUUAGUGGGACCCCUGUGGGAUUCAUCGAUGCGGGGAUCGUAGGGACUCCGCCGCGAGAAGGAUGGGAUCCCACUUUUUACGCCUGUUCGGAACCAGGAGCACAAGAUGUGUUGGAAGAGUUUGCUGCGCUUUCCCAGUACGGACUUAAAGCUGAUGCGAGUUCUUUGAAGCUCUGCGAGUCCUGUGAGUCCUUCAUGAUGAAGAAAGGCUCUAUAGGCCUCUUCAUGACGAUGAUGUUGACGGCCCACCGCUCCUCACCAGCAACAGCCGACGCCCUAAUGAAAGAACUCAGCAUCUCCCAACCAGCCUUAAUGUCCAGACUCAUCCAAACAGUCCCAGAAGGAAUUCCCAAAGCCUACCGAUUCGUAGCAGAGAUGGAAGGCCUCUCAGAGUUCGUAGGAGGGGGAGAAGCGGAUGUCUUUAUGGGUUUCGCCAGGGUGUUUGAGAGAGUGGCGGGGUCGCUUCAGGGUGAUGGGGUCGAUGUCGAGACGUUGAGGAGGGGCGUGGAGAAGGCUUUGGAGUUGCAGGGGACGUCGAAGUAAGCGUCGGAUUUAUCUCCUGGGGUGAUUCAUCGAGUGGCGGUGUGCUUGAACGUUUUAACUUGAAGAGCUCGUCAAUCAAUUAAAGAUUUUGCUUAACAUGCGUUCCAAAGUUUGUGGACGAGGUUACACUUGUCGACCAAUAUGAAUCCCGACCACGAACUUGUAGAUAACGAACGUAAGACAUGCACGUAGUUCAAGAU